AUGCUGUGGACUCGCGUGAAAAGAUGUAUUCAAGCUUACAAUAUGUUUGCGGAAUACGGAAACAACGAUGAAUAUCGAAUUCGAACACAAAUCAUUUCAACUCGUUUCUAUUUUAUCCUUCUGUUUCUAAUUCUUCUUACGUUCACUCUCACUUUACGUCUCGCGUUUUCAUCAACUGAACUUGUCAUACUUCGGCAACCGACAUUUGCCCAAGUCAGUCAACUUGAUGAUUCGGAAUGUUUCUGUUCAAACACGACAGUCCCGUAUACGGUAUUUCUUUCGAUCCAACCACGAUUUCAUCCGAUUUGUUCCAGUUUUUUCGUGUCCAAAGACUGGAUCGACUUUCUCGGUCAAAGUGCCAUCAAUACCUUUUAUUUACCAAUUGAUUUCCGUGCGACAGCCAGUAUGCAGUUUCAAGCACUUGCAUCGCUAUGCAACAUCUCUCAGACUGUUGUCGAACAAAAUCUUGANUAG